AGAAUCAUCUGCAUUUUGAAGGGUCGUCAUCAUCAUCAAUGCCUAUCUUGAAAGGAUCAGAGAGAGAAGAGAAGAGAAGAGAAGCUUGAGUGAAGACGGUUCUUAGAUUAAUGGAACUGCUCUAUCUCCUCUGCUCAAUCUUCUACACUUCAGCCACGACCUUCUUCCUCUCUCUCCUCCUCCCCUUCCGCCUCCUUAUCCACCGUCUCCUACCUUCACGACGCUCCGCCGUCGAUUCCAACGUCUCUUACUACGAAGGCACCGUCUGGCACGACCGUCUCCGUCCCGUCCGUCACUCCUUCCGUUACUCCGUCCGUUACGCGCUCUUCGACCUCGACAUGCUCUCCACGCGCCGCCGGAUCAUCUCUCCGCCGGCGAAGCUUCGCCUCCUUGCUCGUACCACCGGGCCGACUUUUCUAUUGACAAUACCUCCAAGCGUUGGAUAUGAACAGAACCCAUUGAGUUUGUAUUAUUGCUACAACUUAGAAGGCUCAAGCAAGCGCUUAACCAAAUGCAUUGCACAGGUAUAGAUAUAUAUAUAUAUAUAUAUAUAUAUAUAUAUA